CUCUUGGCAGCACAGAAUGCAGCCUGCCCCAUGACCCCUUACUGGCCCCCUUAAGCUUCCGGAGUCUGGAGUGCCCCAAGGCCACCGGCUGUUGUCCAUCUGUCCCGGCCCAGCAGACUUCUGCAGCCUGGAUUGGGGAUCUCCAGAGAAAAGGAGGAAACGCCAAGGGUUCCUCCCGUCAGAAAAUGAAGCCUUUAACUUCAUUUUAGGAUUUCUAAAGUCUAACAAACAGGAUGAAGCCACGAAGAUGACAUUCUUGAGUUCUGUGAACAUCCUGUGCAGUGCUGUGAAAAGUCAGGAACACCGCAAUAUGGACUACUACUGCAAUAAAUCCAUGUUGGCCGAGAGAGUGGAGAUGUUGAUCAUUGAGGAGCCUGUUGAUAUGCUGAUCAGUUCUUUGAGACAACAAGCCAUGUUCUGCAUCAUGGAAAUGAGCCAUGUGAACCCAAAGUUCCAGCCCUUACAAAGGAUGGAGUUGAUACAGUCAGGUAUCUUCAGCCUGUUUUCCUUGCCUCCCAACAUGGAGACUGACACCAACAGGGAGAUCGUUAGUCUAUACAGCCAGACUGUUCGAGCCUUGGAUGAAAUGUUACAAGGACUAAUGACUGAAAAUGAGGACCCCAGCAUGCUGGUGUUUAUUGAAAUUGUGGAGAUCAUCAUGCCCUGGAUCUUGUCAGAUAAGAUCUUUGAGAAAGUCCGAGCUUUGAGUACUCUUUCCCGACAACUGAGAUUCAUUUGCAACUUUCCUACACUAAGACACUUAGAAGAUUUCAAGAUUGGUGGGAACUUGAUGGGCAUCUUGGGCCUCUUCUGUAUGGACUAUAACUAUGAAGUCAGCUCAUGGGCCUCAGCGGCACUCCAUUACUGCUUCAAAUUCUUUGUGAACCAGAGGCAAUCGGUUCUGAAGACUGAGGAAGAACGGCAAAGGCUUCUAAAAAACUUGCAGAAGGAUUUCCAAGCAAAUUGGGCCACCAGCCUGCAGUAUAUCCUUAUGUUUUUCAAGAAAUUUCUAAACCCCAAUGAGAGGACAACCAUUAUAACAUUGUGUGUGAAGGCCAUGACCGUUGGUAGCAGGUAUAACACUUGGGCACCUGUUCAGAUGUUGGAGCAGUUAAUAAAUGAGCCUCUUCCUGAUCUCAGCAAGGUGCCAGAAUUGAUCGAGAUGAUUUACAACAAUCUGAACAACAUAAAAGAUUCCAGUGCCAUCAAAAUCAUUGAGAAGUCUAUUCAAGAACUGGCCCAGAAGUAUCCUGAUGAGGUCAUGCUGAUGUUUCUCUCCAUCCAGGAUAAUGCUCAGGAUCGAGAGCUGUGGAAGAUCCUGGCAGCCUCCUCCAAAGGCUAUGAUAACAUUCUGAAUCAUCUGCUGAAGAGGUUGAAGUCUUUAAAUGUUCAGGAUCCCAAGGAGUCCGAACAAUCUGUGGUGAUCAGCUCUGUGGUGGCCAGCAGGGCUCUCAAUGAGCUGCUUUUGGAAUCCAGUUCUAUGGUAGAGGUGGAGACCUUCUACCCUUGGCUGUACAUGGCCCUCCUGUCUCUGAUCUCCUUCCUCGUGUUUGAAGGGGGCAGCAAGAAUCUCCCCAAGCAGCCAGGGAUGCCUGAAUGGCUGAACCCUGUGAGCUGUACCAUUGAGGCCCUGAAGACUUUGAUCAGCUCAGCUGGGUAUGGGUACCAGGUGUCUUUCAUGCAAUAUCACAAGACCUGGGAGCUCCUGGCUGAUCCUGAGGGAUACUUGGAUGGAAUCGCCUUGGUAGCCAAGUCUAUGAUCAUUAGAAGCUGCUGGCACAUUCGCCCCAUUGUCAGUCUCAUCUUUAACAUCCUCAACGGGAUUGAAGUUGGGAGUUCGGUUACUGCCUUGGCUAUCUUCACCGAGCUGCUCCGCAACACAGAGGUGGCAGUCAUGACAGAUGAAACCAUCAUCGAACUCCUUAUAAAUUUUCUCCAAAAAAAUGAACCAGUGACCCAGCAGCUGGUGCUAAAGGCAGCAGGGAACUUUGGGAUGCAUAAGGAGACGAACAAGUUCUUCCGAAUGCUGCAGCCCUACAUCCUGAGCUGCUGCUACUCCACAAACUCCAAAGUCGUAACAGAAGCAUUUUUGGCUCUGAGAUGCAUUAUCUACAACCUCACCUGGACCGACUCCGUCAUACUGCUCAUUGAGAUUUCCUGUGCCCUGCGACCCUUCUUUGAUGAUGAGUCAGAUGACCUUCGCUAUAAUUCAAUUGACAUGUUUGCUGCCCUUUUGGCCAAGGUGAAACGAAGGUUCUUGAUGGCUCCCUUUAGGUACCAGGUCCACUGCAGCCUGGUUCCCCUGAUGUUCCACCUGCAGGAUGAGAACAUCAAUGUGGCCCAUGCUAGCAGGGAUGGCCUCUGCCACUCUGCCAAAAUUCUGGUCUGUCCACGCCUCAAGUCAGUGUGCAGCAACAGAGACAUGUUCACCAUUGGGAGGACCCUGGUCUCUACUUGCCUCUUCUUCCAGCUGGAGGAGCAAAAGGACAAAAUCCUCUGGUUUUUGAGUCAGAGCCUCAGCUACUUUAAUAAUCCCCAGUCUGGCAUACGACAAGCAGCUGUGUGGUUGACAAGCCAGAUUAUCCAGAUCAAGGAUCUAGAAGGUGAGGAGGAAUAUCAAACAGUCUCUUCAGCCCUGAAGCACAUGAAGAAUGACCCAGACCCCGCCGUCUCCUGUUUGGCGACACAGACCAUCUGCAUCCUGGGGGUCAAGAGGAUUCAACAAAGACGCUGCUGGCACGUGGUUAAUUUCAUCUGCUGUCGGCACAUAGGCAAAAAGUCAAGUCAUACUCUAGGCUGAUUCCUGAAAACUGUUCCAUCUCUACUUACAAUCCAACAGUCCAAAAGACCAAGCAUUAAUUAAGUGCCUACUUAAGAGCAGA